UCUACGUAGUUCGUAUAAUAUUGAUAUUUUUGUAUAGUUAUGUGCAUUUGUUAUCUUACAAAAAUGACUUUCAAUACGUCAUUUGUGUAAAGUGUUUGGAUUAUAUUCGCUGGUAAUCUGAAAUCUGUAUAAUGUCGAAGACCUUAAACGCAUACAGAAUAAAGAAGAUCGAAUCGCUAGGCAGGAUGACGGCGAUGACGCAGGAGGAGAUGGUGGCCGGCGCGCGCACAGUCGCCGCUGGCCUGGAAGCGCUGAGGGCCGAACAUGCUCAGUUGCUCGCUGGGUUGGCGGCCAACACUGAUCAUGAACAUGAGAAGGCGUCUCUGGUCAGAAAGAGCAUUGAUGCCAUCGAGCUGGGAUUGGGCGAGGCUCAGGUGAUGAUGUCGCUAGCGUCGCACCUGCAACUUGUGGAAGCCGAAAAGCAGAAGCUGCGUACCCAGGUCCGCAGGCUGUGCCAAGAGAACGCGUGGCUUCGUGACGAGUUAGCAGCCGCCCAGCAAAGACUGCAGGCCUCCGAACAGAGAGUAGCCCAACUCGAGGAGGAGAACAAGCACCUCGACUUCAUGGCUUCCAUUCGUAAAUACGACAGCGAUGUAACAGAAGAGGCGGACUCCAACCGCAGCGGCCAGAACGAAAACAAGCGAGACGAUCCGAUGGUGGAUCUGUUCCCGGACGACGACAACGAUGACAACAGGAACAACAAGUCACUGUCACCCACACCGCAGUCUCAAUUCGCGCAGCAAGUAAAUGCUGGCUACGAGAUUCCGGCUCGUCUGCGGACCCUGCACAACCUGGUGAUCCAGUACGCCUCGCAAGGCCGAUACGAAGUGGCUGUGCCGCUUUGCAAACAAGCCCUGGAAGACCUGGAGAAGACUUCAGGCCACGACCACCCAGAUGUCGCUACUAUGCUGAAUAUACUGGCUCUUGUAUACAGGGACCAGAACAAAUACAAGGAGGCUGCCAACCUGCUGAACGACGCUCUGUCUAUCCGCGAGAAGACGUUGGGUGAGAACCAUCCCGCCGUCGCCGCCACACUUAACAAUCUUGCCGUACUUUAUGGCAAACGAGGCAAGUACCGCGAGGCCGAGCCGCUGUGCAAGCGCGCGCUGUGCAUCCGCGAGGCCGUGCUGGGCCGCGACCACCCCGACGUGGCCAAGCAGCUCAACAACCUCGCGCUGCUCUGCCAGAACCAGAAUAAAUACGAGGAAGUGGAACAGUAUUACCAGCGGGCCCUGGAGAUCUACGAGAGCAAACUGGGCCCCGACGACCCCAACGUCGCCAAGACCAAGAACAACCUCGCCUCCUGCUAUCUCAAACAGGGCAAGUACAAAGAAGCGGAGACACUGUACAAGCAGGUGCUGACGCGGGCGCACGAGCGGGAAUUCGGCACCAUCGACGGUGAUAACAAGCCUAUCUGGCAAGUGGCAGAAGAACGGGAGGAAAACAAACAUCUGCAAAAGGAAAAUGCUCCUUACGGGGAGUACGGCGGCUGGCACAAAGCCGCUAAGGUUGACUCCCCAACGGUAACAACAACACUGAAGAACUUAGGCGCCCUCUAUCGGCGACAGGGCAAAUACGAAGCGGCCGAGACUUUGGAGGACUGCGCUCUACGCAGCCGAAAGGAGGCGUUGGACAUCGUCAAGCAAUCCCGCGCCCGGAGCGCUCGGCACGGCAGCCGCGAGUCAAUGGAGCCCCACCAUGACAACCACGACGAGCAUGAAGCGCGCAAGCUCCCUGACCGCGCUCAGUAACUCCACUAGUGGCGCCCCCCGGCGGGACUCGCCGCGGUAGCCAAGGAUGCUUCUCAAAUACACCACCUUCACUUUCGUAAGGAUUCUAGCACUGCAGACGUGAUAAGCACAGCAUUAAAUGAUAUUGUAGCGUUCAGACUACAUAAAUCGGAAAACAUAACCAUUAUAAACGUUUCCAUUGUGUCGUAAAUGAAGGAUCGAGUUGUUAACUUCAUGAUCAAUUGUAUCUUUGUAGAAAUGACAUUCGUAUCUUUGACGCUAAAAAUACGACUCAAAUGGGAACACAACAUAUUUUUACCUCAAAUGAGAAACCAUCUAAAGUUCACUCACUGUAUGCGAACUGUGAAUGAUAAAUUGUAAAAUUAAUUUAACUAAAUUAUGUAUGGUUUACUAUUAUUUUAAGUUUAUUCUGUAAGAAUGAUAUUAUAUGUAAGAGUAAUUUAUCUUUAUAUCCUUUGAUCUGGAGUCUUGAUUUAAAUCUUAUUCCUUAAUAUUUUUUCAUCCUUCAAUGAUGUUUAACAGUGGAUGAAAAAAUAACAUCUUUUAAAUAGGUCAUCGUUUCAAUUUUUGUCUUGAUUUAUCUACUCUUUAUUUUUUUAAUUGGUGCAAACGGAGAGAAUUGGUGGCUAGAUUUUCCAUCAAAAUACAUUUUCAAUUAGAUAAUCAAUAAUAUAAACACGCUACCUGUAUCUGUAAAAAAUACUUUUUGCAAGCAUGUUGUGAACUAAAAAAGAGAGAUAAUAAUUUAGUGUUGUUUAGAGCUAACACUAUCGUUGCGGCUCUAGUAGAUUUUCGUCCUGCGACACUUUUAACUUACGAGAGUGGAAAAUUAUCAAAUUUAUUAACAAUGUCAGCACCUAAUGAAAAAAUGCACAUCGAUCGCAAAUUAAUUGUUUCUUUCGGUAGGUGCAAUACUUUUCGCCGGAUACUCUAUGUACUUCUUUUUCGAAUAAGUACUUAACAAAUCGUUCAAUUUCAAUGGAAUAAGGUAAUUUCAUUGUACUGUUUAUUGUACUGAGUUAAUACUUUUGAACAAAAGUAAACAAUAAAUCCUUAAAUUUCUUUUGAAAUGAGUCGCCGGACGAAACUAGAGUGUUACCCUACUGCGUCUUAGCUUUAUGCUUGUGAUAUCGUGGUUAGUGGCAGCAGAGAUUGUAGUUUGUAGAAUGUUAAAUAAAACUUUGUACUUUGGUGAUUAUUCUUUUCGAUUUUACUAUUGUGCAGAUAGAUAACUACAAAUUAAAUUGAACAAAUUAUUGCGAAAAUAAAACAUAAGUAUAAUAUGAUAUACGUGCUUUCUACGUUAAGGGACACUCUAUUUUAUAUGAUGACGGUGAUAAAUCGAAAAAUAAAUUUCCCUAAAAAAAUAUAUAGGGGUCCAAACAUCCCCUCGAGAAGCAUCAGACCAACUCAGAAUGAACGCAGGCUAGGUACUAAUAAAAUUCCUCAUUUUAAUAUUUAUUGAUGAUUUUACCAAUUAAGAUAAUUUUUCUCAAGAUCCCAUAUCACCGAUAUCACUUAUGUUUGUCGUAAGUAUUACAUACAUAUAAUCACGUCUAUAUCCCUUGCGGGGUAGACAGAGCCAACAGUCUUUUAUUACUUCUUUUUCUUGGCCUUGGUAUUCCGGGGUUCCAAUUUAAUGAGUAACCUUUUUUACCUACUUUGAAAAAGGAGGCGUAACUAGUCUGUUUAAUAAUAAAAAAUAUAAAUCCAGUUUUCAUUUAAUCGCUUUGCACGAUAUCAUCGCCGGCGAAUAUAAAUGAGUAAUUUCCUAGGUCGGGGACCAUACGUUGCAAAGGUCUGCGUUCAUGAAAAGGGUGUACUUACUUGAAUUUUUUAUAGGUUGCUUGUCUAACGAUAAUAGAAGACUUGUGCUACUUACACGCUUUUGUGAAUGCUGAGAAAAGGUGCGUUCCUGCUUUUUAAUAAACUUAUGAAAACUUGUGUAAGUCAUGUUGUUUGUCAUGAGUAGUUACAAUUAUUAUCAACAAUUUUAUAAAAUGAACAUUAAUGAAUAUAUGGCUACAAAAUACACAUUUUCAACAAUUAGGUAUAGAUAAGUCAUUCAAGAAUUUUGUUAUAUACUUUGGUGAAAAAAAUAUUUAUUUAAUAUAAUGAUAUAAAAAAAAAAGAAGGUUAUAUGACGUUCAAUAGGACUUACAUUCACAUUUUGUAUUCACUAUUUUAAGUAAAACAUAUUCUACUGAUGAGACUGUGUUGAAAAA